AUAUUUAUAAAAACAGAGCGCGUCAUCUGACGUCGUCGUCAAAUCUUCGCACCACGAUGGAGGUCUGCAGCUCAGAUGGAUUUAACGUCACAUUACGAGAGUUUGGCUGCGAACAGUGUCUACUAUCCAGACCUGAUGGCUCCUCGUCUUUUAUCCAAGGAGACACCAGUGUGUUGGCUGCUGUGUACGGUCCAGCAGAGGUGAAGGUCAGUAAGGAGAUCUACGACCGAGCCACCCUAGAGGUCGUGAUACAGACUAAAGUGGGACUACCAAGUGUGAAAGAAAGGUCGCAGGAGCAGUGCGUCCGCGAGACAUGCGAAGCCUCUCUGCUCUCCUCGCUCCACCCGCGCUCCUCGCUCACUCUCAUCCUGCAAGUUUUGCACAAUGAUGGUUCUCUGUUGUCAUGUUUCCUGAACGCUGCCUGCAUGGCAUUCAUGGACGCCGGGCUGCCCAUGAGCUGUCUGUUCUGCGGAGUGACGUGUGCCAUCGCCAGUGACGGGCAGGUCAUCACAGACCCAACAGCCACACAGGAGAAGGAGAGCCGAGCGUUGUUGACCUUUGCCAUCGACAGCACGGAGCAGAAGGUGUUGAUGUCCUCCACCAAGGGAUCCUUCUCCGUCCACGAGCUCCAGGAGUGUAUUGCCAUCAGCCAGAUGGCUUCAGAGAAGAUCUUCCAGUUCUACCGAGAGUCUGUCCAGCGGCGCUACUCCAAAACCCUCUGAGACUGCCGGGAAAAACAGUCUUUCUUUGUACAAACCUUUUUGUUUUAAUAAAAUAUUCAACAGUA